AUGCAUACCACAGACAUCAUGUUAUUUUUCCUCGUCCUAGGGGACGCUAUCGGAGAUUCUUUUUCAGUUGAUAUCACUGGAACAAGUACCAUUGGACACCUUAAAGAACUCAUCUGGGAGAAGAAAAAGAACACUUUUAAAUCGGUUGACGCAAAUAGUCUUGUGCUUUUGAAAACAUUAAAAUAUGAUAUGAAACAAACAUUGGAAUCAGUAAAAAAUUAUGAUACUGAAUAUGAUAUAGUUCUCGUCUUAUUCACUAACCGGUAUUGUACGGGAACUAUCAACAUAGACCAAAUGCCUCAACUGCUUCUCAUUUAUACCGAAACAUACCUUUCUCCAACAUUUGCUCAUUGA